UCUGACUCUGAGCGCGGGGGUGGCGUGCCCGCGCAGGUGUGGCUCUCCAGCUCGUGCCCGUCACCCCUCCCCCCCCCAGCUACAAACUACAAACUCGGGCUGCGCGCUCACGUGAACUAAUUCAUUGUGAGAGACUGGGAGGAAGCAGCGAGCGACUCGACUGGUCGGUGAAACCAGCUCUGCUCCGGGAAACGCUGAGAAAAUCCGCCUGCGAGCCACAGAAACUACAGGGAUGGCAGCCAUUCGUAAGAAGUUGGUGAUAGUGGGGGAUGGAGCUUGUGGGAAGACCUGCCUUUUGAUUGUCUUCAGCAAGGACCAGUUCCCUGAAGUCUACGUCCCCACGGUGUUCGAGAACUACGUUGCUGACAUCGAGGUGGACAGCAAACAGGUGGAGUUGGCUCUCUGGGAUACAGCAGGUCAGGAGGACUAUGACAGGCUGAGACCUCUCUCCUAUCCAGACACUGAUGUCAUCCUCAUGUGCUUCUCCAUAGACAGCCCUGACAGCUUGGAAAACAUUCCAGAGAAGUGGACCCCAGAAGUCAAACACUUCUGCCCCAACGUUCCCAUCAUCCUGGUAGGAAACAAGAAAGACCUGCGCAAUGAUGAGCACACACGCCGAGAGCUGGCCAAGAUGAAGCAGGAGCCAGUGAAAUCAGAGGAGGGCCGAGACAUGGCCGGACGAAUCGCAGCAUUCGGUUACAUGGAGUGUUCCGCUAAGACCAAGGACGGCGUACGGGAGGUGUUCGAGAUGGCCACCAGGGCGGCACUGCAGGCCCGUCGUGGAAAGAAGAGCAAUAAAUGUGUACUGCUGUAAAAUGGCUGACACAUUUGGACUGUUUUCACCCUGGGCUACUGUACAUGGGACUAGGGCAUCGGGAGGGACUGAGGGAUGACUAGAUGGGGGUGGGAGGGAGGGAGGGAGGGGAGGAAAAGCAGUAAACUACUACCGCUGUAAAAUGACUGUUUGUUGGACUGAAUUGACCCUGGGAGUUGGGGUUGGGAGGCUUUGAUUGACCGGGUUGGGUGGGUGGAUGGAUGGAAGAAUGGGGAACGUGGGGAGCGCAGGAAAUGACUACCGCUGUAAACAUUGGGCUCUUCUUACCAUCGAGGUGGGACACUUCCACCAGUCUUGUCAUGUGUCUCAAGCCACUUACACUGAUAAAGAACAUUCAGAGAUCCUGCUCCUUUCCAGUCAGUGGAACAUUUAUCCCAGUGUGUUAAUAUCUGGAGUUGGACAGAUGAAAAGAUGGGGAGAAUGAAUCACAGUAUGCAGGGGGGAGUCUGAUGAGACCAGAUCAGGGCAGAACUGUUUUCAUAAUUUUAUUAUGUAAUCUGGAAUAGUUGUUUUAACAGCUCCAGCAGUGAAAAAAAUCACCAGUAAAUGGUGUAUAAAACAGGAUUGAGGUUAAAUGUUUUGCAGGAUUGUAUGCUCUAUAUGGAACGAGUGGUCAUGUGCUGUCAGGUGCUCAGGUCUUGUGUGUUGUAUUAUCAGAGAGGCGUGGAGCCACAUGCUCACAUGUCCAGCUCAGUGCCAUUUAGUCCCUCACUGGGGCUAAUCCUGUGCGUACAGACUCACAGUGACAAACACAUUGAGCCCUGCUCUCCCUCAGAUUAUUUCUUAUAAUGACCUGAUAGUAAAUACUGUUAUUUGCAGAUGAACUGUAGUUGGUGUACAGUUUGAAUUCAAAUUAAUUUGAACUGAAGCUGUAAUCCAGUGGCAUCACCGCAGUGCUACAGAGGAAGUUAACAUGGGUCCAGAGGAGCUCCAGUGUGACUCCCUCAUUGUCAUACCUGGACACUGAACUGUCCACGUGCUGCUGAAUCUUCAUUGCAUUUGAUUUGUCUACUUUUGGAGAUGAUCAGCUCUCACAUGAAGGUUGUUUAACAUUUGAUCAAUCCUUUCAACUGAAUCAGUGGAAGUGGCAGUUGAAUUGUUUGUCCCACUGGAUGACUAAGGUAUCCUCCUGUCCUGAGUAGUACAACCUGAGCGAACUCUGCGCUGCUCCCACCCCUUCCUGUUCCACAUAGCUGACUGCUGGUGCUCACCUUCCCCUGGUUUGAGACCAGGACAAAGAACAAGGAGAAGAGAGGAUUGUGUUUACAUGCACACCACUGAUCUCCUGAUUCGGGACGAAUGAUUAAUUUGUUUGUGUGUAGGCAUGUAUAAAAGGGUCAAAUGUACAGGCUGUGAUAAUCCCAUGUUAUCCAUCAUUUAUCUGUCACUGGUUCACUGUUGCUAUCUACCAUCUGCAUCAACAGUUUAACCUAAAAAGACAAACAUGGCCUUUUUUAUCCAUAAUAUUGCAUGGAAACCCCAGAAUGGUCAGGUUGGGCAGUCAGAUUUGGAGUUAAACAUUCAGGUAAUCUUUGUCACUAACAUGCUGAGUGAGAAUUAACCACCUGCUGUGCGCUGGAAAAUCACUUAGGUUUUUUAUUUUAGAAAUGAAAGUGUGGCCAGUUGUAUUUGAGAUUUAUGUCACCAGCCUUCCCUGACUUUUCUGUGUGUUUUACUGCAGGAAAGAGGCUCUCUCUUCUAAGUGUUGUACCCUCCUGUUCUUCUUCCUGGUCCACAGGGAGGAGCCUGUUCCAGAUAUCCAGUUUUGUGUUGUUGUUUUCAUACUUUUAUUUUCUGCUUUUAAAAAAGUUAUAAAUAUGUUCUCUAUCAGUAUUUAAAAAUAGGAGGUGGAAGACUUGGGGACUGCUCAUCUGUUGUUGCUUUAGUUUAUUCUUCUUUUGUGCUUUACCUGAAUUUUAUUUUUAUUUUUGAUGAUUUUCAAUUGGGUGUAACGACUCGUCAAUCAUCCCUGCCAAAUGCUGUUGUUAGGCAGUCAGGAGAAAGGCUGGCCCCUCGGCUGCCUGUCAAGAGCAUCACUAUGACCACGUGUGCUGGCUUGUUUUUGUUUGUUUGUUUUGAAUACAAACUUGGCUGAAAAGACAAAAGGAAAAAAAAAACAACUCUAGUCUCCUUAUGUACAAAUCAUUUUUAUUUCUAGUUUUUAUUGUAUUUUUAAAUCCUGAUUUUGGAUGCUGAAGCAGUGAUGUACACAAAAGGAACAGGAAAACCAAGCUGUAUGCAAAAGUCUGUAAAUAUGAAAUGUGGGUUUGUUCAUACUAGACUAUACACAUGCACAGGACUGGAAACUGUAUUUGUAAACUAGCUUUGGUUUGUGUAAUAAAUUACUUUCUAUAACA